GUGUGGAAAAGGUCCGCGGUCCGAUUUAGGGCCGGCCGCCUUUUGCGCUGUGUAAUGUUGGCUCCCCCGGAUCGCCUGAUCGUUCUUUGGGGGCGCUGGCGAUUAAGCUAUGAUAGAUGAGGCGCGUACGCGGGCGCCCUGCUUUUUUUCUAGCUGCAGGGGCCGUCUUUGGCAGAUCCUUCCCCUGUGCGCUCUACGGGUUUGCUCCCUCUCGGAAGGGGGCGCCGCGCGACCCACGUGGCAUUGCCGGGCCUGGGGCGUCGUUCGUAAGUAUUUUACCGCAGCCGAAACUAGUGGGUGCCGAACGCACGCGGGCCCCCUUCUGCCGGCGGUGGGCAGGAAGUGUGCGUUCUGUCCGUGGCAGCCGUCUAGCUGCCGCGCUGUGUUUUCUGUUUCUUGGCUCCCACCGAGAAAAGGAUGCGCGCCGGCGCAUAAGAGAGUGCUGCUCCGCGGAAGAGUUGGCCGGCUGAAUGCCAUUGUCUUGGUUCUCUCUGAGAGACGAGCUUUGAAAAUACAAACACCCACCGUUUCCCUUUUGCAUGGUCGUGGUCCACGUCAUGUUCGUCCCUUGAGGACGAUGAUCGGGUAGUACAGCAUCGAAAACAAAACGAAAAAACAAGAAGACCAAGAUGGUUUCCUCAAAUAAUUAUCUCCACACGCCGGCGGUUGAGGUGCUUUUCGCCGACAUUGUCACAACAGAUGAGAUAUGCACUGCAAAAGCAUCGUACUCGUAUUGCGAUCCGGCAUAUACAAAUCUGUUUCUUGAGGUAAAUCAGCAUUACAAAUUUUAUUUCUCAUGCUGAGGAAAUUUGUAAUGCAUUUAUUUUUAUAUAUACGAGUGCGAUACUUUUGCAAUGCAUAUGAGAAGGUUCCGGAGGAGCUGGGCCCUUUGUUGAAAGUUGACAUCAACGUGGAGAUUCCGCUUAUGGGAGUGUCAGGGUCGAAACCGACAAAGUUGAAAUAAUUUGUGAUGCAUAAAACGGAUACCAGUUGGCGCCCAGUUUUCGAUUGGCCCAUGACAAAUUUGGGCACAGCCUAAAUCCAGUUUGUCAUGCUGUUUCGGUAAGGAAGACGCCUUUUGUCAUGCUACUUUAGCAGCUCUAUUUCUACUCCUCAACAGGCUCCUUGCAGUCUGCCUUACUUGCCUACUCUGCAAGACAGGCACGUUGUGGGUUGCAUUCUAUGCAUUACAAGUUUGCCCUCUUUUCAAUUUCGGUCCUGACGCUUCCAUACCGCUUUGCGAUCUGGUGGAAGCGGUGGUCGGGAGCAUUUCCGUAUCAAAUGUAAAAAUGUCUGGGUCUGGAAGAUUCUGACACUUGUCAUGCACGUUUUGGAUGAACCCUGAUGUCUGUGAUGCAUGCCCUAGCAGCACAGAUUUUUUGAGAGCUUCUUGAUGCCUAUUCCGCAUGACAAACGCCCUCUCCGCGUAGCAAGAAUUACAUUCCCUUUGGCACUCAUGCAAUACAGAUUUUUUUGGAAUCCAAAUGCAGCAUUACAUACAAGUUGGAUUCUUCCAGACCCAGACAUUUUUACAUUUGAUAUUCCGGUGGGGAAGAGCUUCUCGAUGUGAACGACGAAGUAGAGUUUUGCUCUGAUGCAGAAUUAGCGAACGAGAAUUAUAACGGCGGGAACAACAAGAACAACAUCGAGCAGCAGCAAAAGUUUUCGGCAGGGCAGCAAUUAUACGGUACCGCCCAGCACGAAUUGGAAUUGCAUGAUGGUCAACACCUGCAAGAGAAUUAUGAGCAGCAAAAUUACGAUGAGUACGGAGACGGACGACCAAUCGAUAGUGAUCCACAGUACACCCAAGAUGGGGACGAAAGCAAUUUCGAGCAAGUAGGUGCUGCUGGUCGUGUACCAGUGCACCUGCACCAACCCUACCCCAUCGCGGCGGGACAUCAACACUUGGGGAGGGGGGUAAAAUCAUGUUUUUUGGUGGUUUUCUUCGCCCAUGGUGCCGCCGUGGUAAAAAGCGUUACAACCUAGCGCCGCUUGCAUGGCGAACGCAGGUUGACGCGAUGGCGAAAGCGAGAACUUCCGCCCGCGCCCCCGCCCUGCCAAAAAGUGUUACACUCCAGGGCCCAUGGUAUGCUCGGCCGAGCUUUCCGCCGUGCGCUCCGGUUGCUAGCUUGCAAAGCACGCCGCGCCCGCUGGCGCCGCCGGCCUUGGCGCGGUCCCCUCGCUCGCCCCGGUGGCCCAUGGCGUUCGUGAUUUCCACCGGUGCGCCGCGGCCGCCCCAGGCCCGUCGGUUGCGCCGGCCAACCGCCAGGGGCGGGCGCCGACGAGCUGCGCACGCGGGUGCGCCGGGCUAUUCUCAAUAAAGAAAAGUUCAAACCAGCGCGCCACCCCUAGCGCCCACCGCCGCCCGCCCGGGCGCGGGCGCGCGCCUCCUCCGUGUGGCCUGCCGUCCUUUUGUGAGUGGGUAUUCGGUCUUUUCGGCAUUGGCCGGCCGCACGGGGCCGGGCGGCUUCUCGCCGAUUGACUAGCGGCAGGCGCGUUGGUUUUCGUUUCUAGGCAUAACGAAAAAGCAGCGAGGGCGGCACCCAAAACAAUCGGCGCCCGGUCUGAAUCUCGACAAUAGGCAUCUAUCGUUGGGGCGUCCAAUUGUCGGGAUUCAGAGCGAGCUUUGAUUUCAAAGCAGGCCGGUUUUAGUUUCUGGCACUAAACAGGAAAAACAAUGUGAAAAUGCACAAAAAGCGUCGCACCGUGCCACAGCUUGUCUUCCUGUUGCUAGUUUCAAAGCUGGCCGGCGGCACAGGUGCGCUGGCUCACAGAACCGCUCACGUUGAAGCUGCCGCGGCCCUCUCGAAUAUGGGCCGCGCAAGUCUUUGGCAACUUCUUUGCAAGUUUCCACCUCCAUAAAAUUGGGGGUCCGUUCCACCUGCACCAACCCUACCCCAUCGCGGCGGGACAUCAACACGCCUCGCGUCUGUGUCGUUCCUGUCGCUCGCGCUUCCGCGCCUCCACGCCGGUGUCAAGUUGGGCUAGAUACCUUCUUGGCCCCGCAGAGGGAGACCAUACCACGCCAGCCAGAAAAGAAUCUCUCGUUUUUUUUGUGAGCCGCUGAGAUUUUUUCGAUCUAGUGGCACAAGCCGAGCGCGCCUCCGUGCCGCUGUCCCGUUCGCUGCUCAGUAAGGGCGUUUACCUUCGGGAGGUGCAAGGCUUGCGUGCUCAAAUUAGUUGUGAUGCCCAGCCGUCUGCUUGGAUGCGCUGCAGACAAGUACACGGGCCGGCGCUGCGCAAUUGUUUUGCCACACCAAGCAGAGACCGCCGACCCAGUUUUUUUCGCGAACUGGACGCGCAGCAGACAAUUUUACUUGGACCCGAUUUAACCGCGCAUCUGCAGGCGCCACACCGGGCGCCGGAAACAGAGAAAAACUGCAAAUAGCUCGGGGCACAGAGUUAAAUGAGAAAAUUCCGCGAUUUCCGCCCCUGAGUAAAAUGAGUUAAAUGAGUAAAAUGAGAAAAAAGUGGAAAAAAAUCAAAAGUCGCAAAACCAACGGCAAAACGCCUGUACGCUCGCUGCGCCCUGCCGCGCAAAUUAACUGUUUUUUUUCUCCUCCGGGUGGCGGAAAAAAAAUACUAAAAAACUGAAAUUAAAUCCAGCCGGGCAGAGCCGUAUUUUACUCACAAUCGCGGAAAUUUAAUCGGGCUGCAAUUUUUUUGGGUUUCGCGCGGCGUAUUUUUUUUUCUAUGCGCUUUUGCUUGCCCAGUGAAAGCCACAAAAAAAAUUUGGCGCCGCCGCGCAAACCAACAGGCACGACAAAAACGCGCAUCGCUCAGGGCCCUGCUCCGGGCAGCCGAGGGGGCAGACCCAGGCGUCGAAGCCUGGUAGCCAUUUCCGGGGCCGGUGGCCGCGCACCCAUUUGGCCGCGCGUGCGGGCUAGUAUGUAAUGGGGCCGGGUGAGAGAGGUGCUGUCGCAGAGUUUGGUGCGUCCUGUGUCUCCAGCAGCCCACAACUAACACCAUACCGCGACGCCUUGGCACCUGCGAGAAACGAGCGCGCACUGCCUUGGCCCCUUCAUGAAGGAAAAGACGUCUGGGCGGCCUUGGGGGCGGCAGUUUGGCACAACAGAACGCUUCUCAAUAGCCGGGGGCGGAAAGUGUGUUGCCAUAUUGUCGCCAUCACUUUUCAUGGGAGCCCGCUUUUCGUUGCCGAAAAAAAAUACUCACUUAAUCAAAUUUACUUUUCUUGGGAAUCUGGACCUCUUGACAGUGCACCUGCACCAACCCUACCCCAUCGCGGCGGGACAUCAACACGAGCCGGUGUUCAUUUCUGAGGAGAAUCAGCUGAACGCCACGACUGGGCAGCAGGUGCAGGAGUCAAGAAAUAAGCUUUCGCCGCCACCAGCACUGGACGCGGAUGUUGACCACGACACACCUUCCCGCGGCGCUGCGACUGGCGAGGUUGUUGAAAAUACGGUAUUAUAUAUCACAAGAAAAAUAAUUAAGUGUUAACGUUACCGGUUUUAUUCACAGAUUGCAGUCAUGCAUCACAAGUGUAGCCCAACAUACAUGCUAUGCAUUACACAUUUUUUCAUGUUUUGUGAUGCAUUGGUGCAUCACAAAUUCCGUUAACGUUAACACUUUUUGCUGUGAUAUUGUAUCCCCGGGAAUUGCAGAUCCCGAUUCCGCAGGACGUAGCGGUGAUACAGCGGGAGUUAUUUUUGCAAGAACAGUACCAAGAAGUAUCAAAUGCAAAAAUGUCUGGGUAUGGAAGACGAAGAUUCCGAAAUUUGUCAUGCUAGUCCGGCAUGGCUCUGAACUCUGUAAGUAUUGCGUGGCCCCCGCGACGAGCUCCUAACUCUCUGUCAUGCAAAAACGCAGUUUCUCAUGCGGAAUACGCAACUCAGAACCAUGAAAGAGACUUGUCAUGCUUGUUAGCAGCGCAUUACAUUGAGCUCACUAUUCCCUUCUUUGCAUCACAAGUUUCCAGAACCAGACAUUUUUGCAUUUGAUACCAAGAGGACGGAAGCAAUUUCGAGCAAGGUGCUGCUGGUCGUUAUCCUGAGUAAAAACGUACCCACACCAGAGUCAAGAUGGGGAAUCGGCUAGACAAAUCCACAAGUUUUGUCUGUUUUGCAUGACAAAUUUGGAUUCGUAGUAUAGUGCUGUUUGAGCUAGCUCAGCAGCAUCACAGAUCUAGCAUACCAUGCUGAUUGGAGCAUGACAAGUUGCAAAACACGACUAGAAAAUGCUUCUCAUGGAGCUCAGCAUGAGAAACAUUUUCAGCAUGCAGAUUUGCAUUACAACUCUGGCGUGGGUACGUUUUUACUCAGGAUAGUCGUGUACCAGUGCACCUGCACCAACCCUACCCCAUCGCGGCGGGACAUCAACACGAGCCGGUGUUCGUUUCCGAAGAGGAUCAGCAUUCGCCGCCACCGGCACUUCAAGCGGAUGUUGACAACACACCUUCCCACGCCGCUACAGCUGGCGAGGUUGAAAAUAGUGCGGUAUUAUAUAAUCCCCGGGAAUUACAGAUCCCGAUUCCGCAGGACGUGGCGGUUAAUAUACAGCGGGAGUUAUUUUUGGACGAACAGGGAACAAGCGAUCGCACGAACAGCUCGAGCAGCGGGAAUCCAGCAGGCUUGGCGUCGUCGUGUCCAUCGAUGACGAAUAACACAAGAACUUCAUCCUCCACUUCCUCCUCUUCUGCCACUGUUUCAACAGACGGGAAAACAAGAAUAAAUGGUCUGUCUGUGUCUGGAAAUCCGACAAGUGCAGCAGCAGCUGAGCGUGGAGAUGAUCCUAUCAACUCCCUCCAGUUGCAAGCGCAGCGGGAGACUACUACACGGGUGCGCGAAGGAGGUUAUGAUCUUCAAGACGGAAGGGAAAUCGGAGUGGAGGAUGCAGCUGACAAGGACGACUUGUCGCUCACAAGCACGCCAAUACAGCCACGGGAGCUGGUCAUCCCGGAUCCAACGAAAUCGCUGCCAGCCGCUAGCAGUUUGAUAGCAGCGAGGGCUGGGGCAAUCAUGAAAACUGACAACAAAAAGCAGGAGAUCAUGCCAAGAAGCACUUCUCGGGGCACAAAAACUUCUACUGCGCCCGACCCAACAACAAACCGCGGCGAGAAUUGUAGUUCUGAGAAAAAUGCUCAUGCUGUGAGUUCAUCUGGUGCAGCAGCUUCACAUCACGUGCCACUGCAGCUUCCGCCAGAUUUGCUGUCGGUCUCAGAUAAACACACAGGAGAACGUAUCGUGAGUAAAAACGUCCCCACACCAGAGUUGCAAUGCAAAUCUGCAUGCUGAAAAUGUUUCUCAUGCGGAGACCCAUGAGAAGCAGUCUCUAGUCGUGUUGUGGGAUUUGUGAUGCUAGAAUCAGCAUGGUAUGCUAGAUCUGUGAUGCUGCUGAACAAGCUAAACAGGAUUACACUGCGAGGCCAAACUUGUCAUGCGCAGCAGCAAAAGCUGGCAGAUUUGUCUAGCAGAUUUCCCAGCUUGACUCUGGUGUGGGGACGUUUUUCCUCAGGGUAGAACGAGCUGAGGGAAUAACAACCGAAGCAUCCUCCAGUAGUUCCACCUGCUCUGCUAGCACUACUGAUGAUCAUCUUCACGGCGAGAAUGUUCAGCGGGAGAACUCGAUGAGCACCAGGACGCAUCUGGUACUUAAAUAGAGAAAAAGUUUUUGAUGUUGUAUGCAUCGAUAAAGAUGCUUCUCCGAGCCUGUGCUGCAUGGCAGAGCCUCCUCCUGAUGAAACGAAGUAAGUACUUCUAGCGCAUGACAAACAUGAACAAAGUGAAACUCCAAAUAAACCUGAAAUUUUUUCCCAAGGUGCCCUUCUUCUCGCGCACCCUGCACACGGAGCCGAUCCUCGCUAUGGCGUGUAUGAGAGUUGUGCACAACUCCCCCUCCUCCUCGUUUGUCAUGCAGAAUCCGAAGUCCUAUCGUUGCGUUGUGGCACGGUCUGCAUGACAAAUUCCGGGAUCUGAAACAGUACUAGCGUAGGUUCAGCAACUUGUCAUGCACUGGAUCCACGUGUGCUGGUGUUUGUAUUGGUAUUCAUGCCGCGCUGCAAAUGGAAAUGAGGGGGAGGGGGAGUUGUGCACUCCCAUUGCGUGCAGCAGCGAUUUACUCUCCUACAACUUGCCGGAAAUAAGAAGAAGUGCUUCCAAUGCAGAAGAAGUAGACGAAAGAACGUCUAGAACAGGAGAGCAAGACACAAAAACUAAUGGCGAAAAUCACACACAGACUCAGACCAACGACUCUGUCUACAUCGUCGUGGGCGGCAAGAACGGGCUUUUGCUCAUGACGAAAAUCGAAAAAAUCUUCUCGAACGACAUCCACGUGCCGCAAUCGGGCGACUUCGAAAAGGAUUUCACGAAGUUUGUCGGGCACGAGAGGACGAUUACGAAAGUGCAAUUUGUCGCCGCGAGUAGCAUGACAAAUGUUGCCAGAGCCACCAACUCAUCUUCCUGUCAGAAGCAGCAGCUGCUCGACAAGGAGCAACUGCGGUUGAUUUCCGUGGCAACGGACCGGCAGAUCCGAAUUUGGUCCUGCGCCACCGGGGAGUGCCUGCAGAUCCACCUGGACUGGGGUAUGAUGCUCGGGACGGCGAUCAUUUUGCCGAACAGCAGCUUCCUGAUGUACGCAAGCAGCAACCAGAAGCUACAGGUAGUGCUUUUGUUGCGAUGCUCAUGUAAUGUUGAUGCAAUAUGCUUACGUCAACUUGUUGUUUGUUGCGAUCUUCAUGUUAUGUCUCGUAAAUCAAUAUCUUUUUGAACAGAAUUCAGAGUGGCGCCUCCACCUAGCAGCGCAAGUGAAUUUCUGGUUGAACUUUCCUGGAAAUAAGAAUCAUUGUGCAAAGUACAUGUACAACUCGCAUCCAUUUCUGUACCCAGGUUGUCGACAUCUCCAAGGGUAGUCGUAGCGGUGGGAGUUGUACUAGCAGCACCGAAAGAGGAGCAGGAGCACAAGUCACGACGACAACGACCGCGAGCGCCGCUUCGGGUUCUUGUGAAAACAAACCAAAUACUGCUGCUGAAAUGAAAAAAAACGAGUCCACUUUUCCCCUGGUCCAGGUGUUGCCGUGCGAUUACGAAACUUGGUGUCUCUGCCACGACCACCAAGCGGCGGUUGUGGCGGGAACGAAGAAUGGCUGUUUGAGGGUUUUAGAGAUCGGGAACGGAGAGGAGGAUGGGGGGAGGGACUGGGAAGAGGAAAACGCCCGGUAUUUUUCCCUUACAAAGUGACGACUCAUCUCAAGCCUGCCACGACGUCAUUAUCAUGCAGCUGCAGCAUGAUCCGGAUUGGCAUUUUCGAUAUCUUCGUUUUUUUGUUUUGAAGUGGUCUCGUCUCUUAAUAUCCAGUACUCUAAUCGGAGGUGGUGUCUCGAUCACUUAUCAAAUCGUGCUGAACAUUCCACUACCAAACUAGGUCGACGUCCUCCCCACAUCCAAGUAACGACCCCUCGACAACCGCCGCUCUUACCGUGAAAAAUUCUUUCCGGUUCCCCAUGUGCGGGUCGAACCGCGGCGCACCGGUGACCUGGUAUUGUGAGGAAAAAUGCCCCCAGCCCAGAGCUUGGGAGCAUUUGUAUCGCAGGCGUUUCGAAUGGAAACAUUCGCCUUCUUAGAUGUAUCAGCAUCACAGAUUUCCAAUCGCGAGCAGCAAAAAUGUGUAUCGCAAAAGAUUCCAGCAAGAGCUGCGUUUGUCAUGCAAGCGGUGCUAUUAAAUACGACUCGACUAGACCCCGCAUCAGAAAGAUUCAUAGCUCCUUUCAUGCAUGACAAAAAGUUUUCAUUUGGAAACUUCGCAUCACAAAUUAUUGCAAUUUUCGGGGUGGGGGCAUUUUUCACUGUGAUACCUGGAUGACCUUCAUCAGGACCGGUUUUGUUGUCUCCUUGGCGAUAUGCAUCGCAAAAGUGUAUUAAUCGCACUAGUACACGUUGCAUUUUCACAUGCAUAAGAUAAAGAUACCGUUUGUCGUGCGUAUUCAGGUGAGAAGGUAUCUAUGGUAGAAUUUUCAUGCAGUAUGAGUAUCGCAAUGCCCAUGGCGACGAGUCGUGCGCUAGUACUUUUGCACAGGAUUGGCGAACGGUGUGGUGAAUGUGGUGGACUGCAUUUAUAGCGGAGGAUAUGCAAGAAAAAAACUGUGUAAGUGUAACUCUGUAAUGCAGAACAUGCAACAGAGGCACGUCUGUCAUGCCAGACAGCCAAAAGGUCCUCUUUUCAUGUGUGUUUUCCCUUACAAACCACACAUGACAGGUUUUUUCUGUCAUGUAGAGCAAAUUUGUGAUGCUGUCAUCCAAAGAAAGUUACACUAACACUUUUUUUUUCUUGGAUAGAGGAGGAUCUUCAUCGCCUUGUUCAUCAACCUCAGGAUCGGGAACCGCAGUAAAAAUACCAUUACCUCCGGGAAGUAGAAGUAGGAAGAGGUUAUGACAAUGCACAACUCCCCCUCGUCCCGCUCAUUUGUCAUGCAAAAUAACCAAUCCACCCAUUGCCUCUUGGCACUGUUUGCAUGACAAGUUCUGGUAGCCCAAAUACCACUACACUCCAGUGCAAAUUUGUCAUGCAAAACCGCCAUUCUUGCUGAUGCUUGUACUGCCGUUCAUGCUAUGCAAAUGAGGGGGAGGGGGAGUUGUGCACUGUCAUAAAGGUUGGAAAGAAUGCAGAUUCGAACCAGUGUGAAAACGGAACAACCCACGAGACCCGUACCGCUCAAAAACUGUUUUGUGCCGAGGUACACAUCAAAGACCGAACAAAAAUUUUUAGGGCACAGUGGUGUUGUCGGAGCAAAAAGUGAGUCGAACAUUAGCAACACAGACGAGGAGGGCGAGAAAGCACCUCCAGAAGCACAACAAGAAGAAAAAACUGUUCUUGCCAUUGCCACAACUACCGAGUCGUCUUCCGGCACGGCCCAUCUUCCACCAGAUGUGGAAAGCAGCGCUACCACCUCGUCUUCCGCGUCAUCAUGCGGUAACGCCGUGGACCUCCACGGGGAAAAAAUAAAACAAGCCACUUCAACUACAUCCGGAGAGCCGGAAGCUCGGCCGGAGGUAGUCGAGACGAAUGUAGGAGCGGUUGUACAAGAGGGGAAAGGAAAAAAUCCUGAGGCCGUUGAGCAGGUAUCUUAAUAUCGUUCAGAUUUUUUGCAGCAAAAAUUUUGCUGCUUUUGGUUUUGGUUUCGAUAGUCAGUGCAUUGGGAAAGGCGCCGGUGCGUAGGCUUGUUACUGCACUUAAUAUGCAACACUUCAGUGAAGAACAAGAUUUUUAGCAGCUGUCGUAGGAGCACCAGAGCGGACUUGCGAUUCUACUGUGACACCGGUUUCUUGUUUAACUAUCUCUUUGAUCGCAGCUUUUGAAAAUCAAAAUAACGCGUUUAGAAAUGAUAACGUGCAGGUGGCGGCUGUCGUUUCCGAAAGAACAUCUUCGCCCGGCGCGCUUGCAGCGGAGGAGCAUCUUUUUCGCGGUGAGAAUACUGCCGAGGAGGAGGAAGUUGUGCUUCUGGAGGAUGCAUAUACAUUGCAAAUGCGUCUGGGUCUGGAAGAAUGCAAACUUGUCAUGCAUAUUUUACAUCCUCCAUGAGGUCUGAAAUGCAGGACCUAGCAUGACAAGUUCUGCGAAAUCUCGAUCAUGUCCAUCCUGCAUGACAAUCUGCCUCUGAACUUGUUCAAAAGUGGACAGCUUUUCGUAAUCAUGCAACACAAAUUUUUGUAAAAUCCAGACUUCGCAUGACAAGUUGCAAUCUUCCAGACCCGGACACAUUCGCAAUUGAUAACGCACCAAGCUGCAAGACCGCGGACGACCGCCGGCGCGUCGGGACCAGCGCGAGCGGUUCUGGAACUAGUAGCUGUAGCAGCUCGAAUUACAGUAACAGGGACAUGAUUUCCAGAACGCCCCGGCCUUUUGUGACCAGCGAGACCACGUUGAACAAGGAGAUGUCCUCAGCACCACCACCAGCGCCGGGCAGCAGUGCAGCUACUACUAUUGCGACAUCAAAAAUAGGCACCGCCUCGUCCAAACAAGGACGAGAGCAGCUGCCACAGCCAACUUCUGCUACAACUGGGGCACCUGUGGUGGAGGUGGUUCACGAGCAGUCUAGUUCUUCGUCUUCAGGUGCUUUACCUGGAGAGGGCGACCUCCACACAAAAACUGGUUCUUCAUCUGUGGAUUGUUUACAACCAGCUACGUCGAAACAAUAUGCAUUGCAAAAGUAUCGUACUCGUAUAAAUGCAUUACAAACAAGGUCCGAGCACGGGGACAGAGUCCCCGUGCGGCGACCUUCCGGCAUUUGUCUGCGCCGCGCUAUGGCACUGGGCAGGCAGGUCGCCUGCAGCUAGGUAUCUCGGUGCGCCUUGCAUUCACUGACCCGCGACGGGCCUGCGCACGCGGCCCCCUUGCUUGCGCGCACUAGAUUCUUUCAUUAGCCUGCCGCGCGCAAAGAUAAAAGAAAAGAAGAAACUGGCGCGCGCCGGGUCUGGAGCCGGCCCCGCGCGCCCUAGGUCAUGACGCGGCGACAGAGUCCCCACACUGCCCUAGGGCUUUUCUAUGCCCCCUCCAUCCUUGGCCACGCGGUGUGGCGUCCGGGGAGUGUCCGUAGCUAGCCCCUAGGCCAUGACGCGGGGACCGAGUCCCCGCGCUGGCCUAGGGCUUUCGCCCCUUGGCCGCAAGGUGCCCGGGAAGCGCCCACAGCUGGCCCCUAGGCCAUGACGCGGGGACCGGGUCCCCGCGCUGGCCUAGGGCUUUCGCCCCUGCCUUGGCCACACCGCGUCCGGGAAACGCCAACAGCUGGCCCCUAGGCCAUGACGCGGGGGCCGAGUCCCCGCGCUGGCCUAGGACUUUCGCCCCUUGGCCACACGGUGAUCGGGAAGCGCUCAAAGCUGUCCCCUAGGCCAUGACGCGAGGACCGAGUCCCCGCGCUGGCCUAGGGCUUUCGCCCCUUGGCCGCACGGCCUCGCGUGACAGACUGGACUUCGGGCCCAAACCUCACAUGGCAAAGUCCGAAAGUUUGGCCGGGGUGUGUCCGAAAGUCUGCCCGGGGUGUGUCUGAAAGUCUGCCCGGGGUGUGUCUGGGGUAUGUUCGGACUUUUUGCCUGGGGUAUGUUCGGGGGUCUGUCUGGGGUAUGUCUGGGGUCUGUCUGGGGUGUGUCUGGGGUAUGUUUAUACCCCACCUGUUGGCUUUUCGGCAAAAAAUUGUAGUCCGCUCGUGAUUGAGGAGCAUUUGCAUACCCCUGACACACCCCCGAACAUACCCCCGAACAUACCCCUCGCCUGCAUUUUUGACCAGCUGCUGCAGUUUAGAUAGUAAUCUCCUCAGCAUGAGAAAUAAAAUUUGUGAUGUUGAUUUACCUUAAGGAAAAUAUGCAUGACUGCAAUACGAGUGCGAUACUUUUGCAGUUCAUAAACAAGUAGUCACCGGCUACGCGAUCUCCGGGUCCUGCGCCAAGGAUAUUUACAUCAUUCCGGUUUUCGACCAAGAGGACAUGAUCAGCCACAACGCCGGUGCUCCUCUCUUGAUGGAAAGUCACAACGUAAAAACCCCACAGCAUGAUGAAGAGCAGCACCUCCACCACGGGGCGACGAUGGGCAGCACGAGUAUCAACUACACUAGAAAUAAAACUACUGAGCCAGAACGAGCGAAGUUUGGGUUUACCUGCGCUCAACAGAGAACGGUUUCCGUCGUGGCUGCGGGAUUUGAUCGCUUUCUGGCGACCGGUGAUUUUGACGGGAAAGUGGUGCUGUGGAAACGGGCGGAAGUCGUCGAAAGAUAAAAUGAUUGCCAAAAAAUCAUGGUAACUACCUCCAGGCGCCACGCAGGGUUUAUUUAAAUCAACAAGGAGUUUUCUUUUUCAUGCUGCUGCUGCUGCUGAGAGAAAAUUACGCCGACAGAUGGAAAAGUGUAUGAAUUUUUAUGAACGUCGAACUACGUUUCUAGUUUUUGCGUCGUACUACUCCUAUCUAAAGAUCAUAAAAGUUGGACAAUAUUUUUAUCUAAAAAUAUACAAGUUGUAUCCGGAGAAAUAAAGAGUUUCGUUUCGAGCAUAAUGUUACAAACACAGUUUUGCGGGCCUAUGUUGACGACAGGAUCCUGUAGAUAGUGAUCGUCAAAAAAUUCAAAAAUCGGGAAAGAAAAAGAAACAUGCGUAUAAAGAUGUUAUCGAACUGGAGUUGCUGUAGCGAGAAAAAAAAAGCAAGGAUGUAGAUGAAGUGCCGCCUUUGUUCGUCCACUUUCUGCAAUACAAAUUUCGCCAGAUUGUAGUGCGGAUUGGGGCUCCGGAACUUGUCAUGCGCAAUCCUACAAGAGUUGGCUAGAUCAUGCAGCUCCUGCGCCACAGAUUUCCAUAUUCUAUUGUUUUUUUUUAUGUGGUUGUCUCUUGUCCACCUGGUGCAUUCGAUCGAUUAUGAUAAAGAUAAAUGAAUGUAGUUGUGUUCUUCAAGAAGGCCGACGUAGUAGUUCCUACUUGGGAGUCCUCUUCUCUUGCUCACCUUUCUUCUUGGGACAGAGUUUUUGUUUCCCCCAUCAUUGAUUUCCUUUUGCUUUUCCACUCUUGCUUUCGGGAUCUAUCUCACUAACCUGCUCGACGCUGUGCUAGUCGCAUCUUCGGUAGGAUUAUUUCCUUCUAUCCAAUUUAUGUUGUCACCACGGAAUCUAUAACACAAUCAGUGUUGUGUGUUGCCACACUGAACUUCUGAAGAUGAAAAAGCAAUCUGUUUGCUUUUUGUGCGAGAAAAUGUUUUUUCAACUUGCAACGAGGAAAAAGCAAGAGAAAGUGAAACUCUCGAACAGAAGAAUCUGAACAAUUUCUGAACUUGUCGACAGGCUUUUGGGAAACAU